ACAAAGUGUUAAGGAACAGUGAGCUUGUGGCGCAUUCCCUAAGUGCUCAAUGGCUGGUGGGCGGAGAUUUCAGCCUGGCCUGAAGGACAGUGAUCUUUGACUUUACAGCUUCUUUCACGAGUGAGUGCUCGGAGGUGAGAUCCUGAAGAAUAAGGAAACUCAGAACCAGUCAGGAGUCAUGGAAGCCAAACCCAAGCUCUACUACUUUUGUGGCAGGGGCAGGAUGGAGUCGAUCCGAUGGCUGCUGGCUACGGCUGGAGUGGAGUUUGAAGAAGAAUUUAUCGAGACAAGAGAACAAUAUGAAAAGUUGCAAAAGGAUGGAUGCCUGCUUUUUGACCAAGUACCUUUGGUUGAAAUUGAUGGAAUGAUGCUGACACAGACGAAAGCCAUCCACAGCUACCUCGCUGCCAAGUACAACUUGUACGGGAAAGACCUGAAGGAGAGAGUCAGGAUUGACAUGUAUGCUGAUGGCACCCAGGACCUGAUGUUAAUGAUUGCCCAGGCUCCCUUUAAACCCCCUCAGGAAAAAGAGGAGAGCUAUGCUUUUAUAGUGAAGAGAGCUAAAACCCGUUACUUCCCUGCCUUUGAAAAGAUUUUAAAGGACCAUGGGGAGGCUUUUCUUGUUGGCAACCAGCUCAGCUGGGCAGACAUCCAGCUGCUAGAAGCCAUUUUGAUGGUGGAAGAACUCAACGCUUCUGUGCUGUCCGACUUCCCUCUGCUGCAGGCAUUUAAGACGAGAAUCAGCAACAUCCCCACCAUCAAGAAGUUCCUGCAGCCUGGAAGUCAGAGGAAGCCACCUCCAGAUGCCCGCUACGUGGAGGUGGUCAGGACCGUCCUGAAGUUCUAGGUUUUAAGGUGGCCGAAGCAAGGAUCCAGUCACAGCUUCACACAGAUCAGCUGCAGAGCAUUCCAGAAGCAAGGUGUAGAUCCCAGGAGUAAGGGUCUCCAAAAGCCAAACCCACUCUGCCAUCGAUGCCAAUUAAAUGCGGUGAAGAACUA